GUCACUUGCAUCGCCUUGUCUAAAUACCUAACCUAGUACUAUCUUUGUAGAUCUCCGGGGGUUAUAUUACUAAUACUACAUAGGGUUGUAUGUAUGUAUAAUAGUAGCCCCCGCCUGCAAGUUCAUAGUCCUCUAUGCAACACUGAAAUUGUCUCUAUACCUUUUAUAGUCUUGCUCUUGAAGUCUUGACUCUUAACAUCGAACCAUUGCGACUACAUAACCUACACUAGCAGGUAGAUACUACCUACGAAAUCGAUAGCGAGUUCCUUCUGUCCAUCGCCUCGCUUAUCGGUUUCACAUCUUUCGGUAGCAACUAGGAUCGUGAAGAGAUCAAGACAUUCAUCGACAAAACUCUAAAAUGAAGUGGCUAUGUUUGCACGGACGGGGGACGAGCUCGCAGAUUUUUGAGAUGCAAACCGCAAGGAUCAGAGAGGCUCUCGGUAGAGAUCACGAAUUUGUUUUCGUGAAUGGCAUGGUGUCAACAGACCCUGACGUUGGCGCCGAGGCGCUUGCCGACGAGUUCUUCGGGUACGUUGCGCACGACGUGGACCAAGAUCGAGAGCUUUGCGACAACAUGAUUGAGGUAGUGGAGAGCCAGGGGCCGUUCGACGGGAUCAUGGGGUUCUCGGAAGGCGGAACUGUGGCGGCCAUGAUGCUCAUCGAAGACGCAAGACAUGGAUCAUUCGGCGGAAUUAAAUGCGGCGUGUUCUUCUGCGCGGCUCCACCGUUUGACCCUGACCUCAUCCGAGAUGCUGUCGUGAGAUAUGCUGAUCCAGACUCAGAUGGAGUAUUGCUGACUGUUCCAACUGCCCAUAUUUGGUCACGGGCUUCUAGCGCCGGUGAGAUCGCAGUACACCGAGCCCUAUCUCAACUCUGUGAUGAAAAAGUCAGAGAAUUGGCCACUCACGACCUCGGACAUGCCGUGCCAGGGGCAAAGUCAGAAGAUGGGUUAGCUGAGGCUCUUCGAGCGAUUGAGCAUGUAGUUGAGAUGGGGAUGAAUCAAUAAAUUACGAUUACCUCCGUAAGUACAUACCUACAUACCUACAUACCAAGCACUAGGUUAGUAGUUAGUAAUUACAUUUGAUAUCUCCAAGAGUCCAACAUGUAUGUGAAGGUAAAUACGUAUUGUAUUGUACAACCUUCAAUAUGUAGUACAAUGAUUAUAAUAUAAUAUGGAAUCGAGUCCCUCUAGGGCUACUAAGGUAUAGUA